UGCGUGAGCAUCGGUGACGCAUUGAUCAGGUGCCGCCUCAUAUAGCGCGGGGAGCUGUCCGGUGCUGAAACACAAACGAAGCGCAUUGAGGCAACACGGAGGACAUGCUGUUCACGCUCAUUCACAUUCUCUGAGCUCUACACAAAAGGCGGUAUGAUGCUGUCACUACCGAAACUGUACGCCGGAGGGGUGGCGGUCCUGCUUGUUACCCUCCUCCAAACACUAACCGUGCAGGGCGCUUCCGUGCGCCACCAUCGCCUGCGAGGCGGAGACCAGGGUGGCUUCCUUGCUCCCAGCUCCGAUAUGAUCAAAGCUCUGGAGUACAUCGAAAGCUUGAAGCAGAGAGCCGACGGACCAGAGAGUCCAACAGGGGACUACGACGAGGUGGACAAAUUCCGCUUUCUAGUGCAACUCGCCUCCCUACAGGAUGAGAACGCACCCACGCGUGAGGAUGCCACCCGUUGGCCUGAUAACAAGGUGCCACAGUGGGUUCGAUCUCUACUGCGAAUGCUCGAACAAGCUGGAGAGGCUCCAGAAAGCCAGGCUGCGCCUGGAAACGAGCGGCGUCCUCACAAGAGCAGACGCCCGAUGGCAGACGCAGAGAGCCCCGUCGGAGACUACGGGGGCUUCGUGAAGCCGCACAAGAAGUACCCGCUGAUGUUCGAAGACGAGGAGAACGGCAGAGACAACAAGCGGGCGACUGAGGAUUUGGAUGAGCAGUACACCCCUCAGAGUCUCGCCAACAUGCGCUCUAUAUUCGAAGAGCUUGGUAAACUGUCUGCCGCACAGAACCAGAAGCGAGAAGAGGAUGAAGAUGCUGAAGACGACGAUGACCUCUACAAGGUUAGGAACCUGGCGUACGAGGACGUGACCGGAGGGGAAGAAUGGGUGCCGCUGGAGGAGCAACUCGAAACGGAGGAAGUCGUCAAAGGAAGCCGUGAAGAAUACGAACGAGGGCUGGGAGAUAACGGUGAGCAGGGCGAAGCCAUUGAAAGACGAGCUACUGAAGAGGACGACGAGAACCCAGACGAUGAUACAAAACUUGUGGACUACUACCUGUUGAAGGUCUUGGAGAUGACAAACCAGGCACAAAAACGAGACCUAAUGGAAGGAAGGAGGAGGCUACUGUCUCAACCCUCUCUAAUGGACCCCAGGGCAAUCAAACAACUGCUGUCGGCCAUUUCUGUGAAGCUCCAGGUGCCUCCAGAGGACCUGGUUGGAAUGCUCUUCAUGGAGGAGACCAGAAAACAACAACAACGCCUUCCUGAGACCCAGCUGGUUAGGAAGCCUAGCCAACCUCGGUACAAGAGCCGGGUCAUUAAGUAUUACAAUGGACGACAGCCAGAGGUCACAGUGAGCGAUAUCCCUCCUGAUGUCAAAACUGAGGAUAUCCUGAAAGUCCUCGGGUUAGGGAAUCUGGCCAACAAGAACGCAAAAUUUUCUUUGCUAAAGCAAAGGCCCUAUAAAACAGCCAUGGCGAAGUACUUCAACCCAAACGGAAGACGAGGAAGCUUGUUCUUGUCUGAGUUAAACAAAGCUCCAAGCAAAAGAAAAGAUGAUUAUGAUGACGACGCAGUAGAUGAGGAUGAAGAGUCGACCUUCCUCGCAGCCAAGCUCCUGACUGAGUACCCCGACACCAGCGCGAGCGAUCGCAAGAGAGCCAUCGAUUCCACCACGAACGGACAGUUGCCUUAUGAGUUGUAUGAGGAGGCCAUGAAGGAUUUCUUUGAUCAGGUUGACAAUGGAAAGAGCACGACCACCAAGAGAGACACCCAAGGGAAAGAGGAGCCCGAGGCGCCCCAAAAGCCGCCCGCUCAAGAUUCAGCACAGGAAACCGUAGAUCAAACCCCACCUGUGCCUGGAACAGAAGAGGGUAAAGAGUAUCAUGGGAAAAUGGUUGCAGGAAUGUAAAGAGCCUGAGCGUGUAUUUUUUCCCCCUGCUCUUAUUCUGACAAGUCCCACCCCUUGUCCUUUUAACUCUUUGAUAUGUUUGCUACGGCUACACGAACGACUUCUGAACUGCCCAAAUUGUAAACCGGUUGUAAGAAGCUCCUACUAGCCAAUCCUGCCACAGAAGGGACUUGUCGGAGUAUGCACGGGGGAGAAAAAAAAAUAUUGCUAACUUGUGGGACAUGCCUAUAUCUCCUCAAAAGUUAUUUUAAAAAAGUAAACAGUUUAAAGUGCUUUAGUUUUCAUGGAAUUCUAUAUGAUGUAAAUAUCUAUGGUAUAUCAAUGUGCGGGAGUUCAAGUGUAUUUUAUCUGUCGUUUAUGAAUUGGUGGUCCUCGAAAUGUUUUCUUGUUCCUUUUGUUGGUAUCAAGAGAAUGUUCCCGUAGUCGUAGGACUCCGCUUGCUGCAAUCUUUACAAGCUAUUUCAUUAUCAAACCAAUAAAGAUGGAUGUGAUUCUCAUUUAUAAAUCAUUUUGUACGUGUUCUAAAGUGUGAGAAGAGAAACAUGAAUAAAGCAUUAACGUAUUAUUUUUC